AUGAAUUUCAACAUAGAUUAUAUUUCAUUAGCUUAUACUAUAAUUUUAUUACCAUUUUAUACUAUUUAUACAAUUCGUUUGGGCUAUAGAAUCUACAUUAAGAAAUCUCCAGACGUUAGAAAUGAAUAUUAUCCUAUAAUAUUUUAUAAAGGUUUUAUUGAUAACUUAACAAAUAUUGUUCAAUUUUCAUUCGCAAGAAUUCUUAAAUAUCAUAUUCUUGAAGACUUUUUUUUAACGUAUAAUUUACCUGUUUAUAUUUUAUACUUUACUACUGGAGCUACUUAUUGUAUUAUGUUUCAAAUAACCUUUUUAAUAGCAUUUAAUCGUUUUGUAGCAAUAACAAAGCCGACGUAUUAUAAACAAUAUUUUGAAUUUAAACGACUUCAUUUUUAUAUAUUUCUAACAUUGAUUCCUGGUGGGAUAGUAGCUGUUGUUUCUGUAUGUUAUGAAUUAGAUUAUGUUUGGUUUCCAUCCUUGAAUCGUGUGAUGCCUGUAUAUAUGGCAAGAAAAAUAGAAUAUUUUCAGGCUGGUGUUGGAAUUGUUUUCAAUUUUCCUCUUGUUGUAAUUACAACUAUUAUGAAUCUUAAAUGUUUUUUCAAAAAUAAAAAUUUGUUAAGUGUAAAAAGUUUAAGAAAUUCAACUGAUUCAAAAUUAUUUUUAUAUAAUAUAAUUUCUUUUAUUACUAUGAUUGGAUUUGAAUUUUACUAUAUUUUUAGAUAUUUACCUUAUAUAAUAGGAAGAUUUCAGUCACUUGAAACAUUAGCUAUUACAUUAAUUCCAUGGUUUUUAGAUAUCAUGACAUAUGGAUUAUUUUUUUUCUCUUUAGCAUUAUCAACUGUUCUUCGAUCGUUGGUUCCAAUUUGUGGUUCAAAAAUAAGUAAAAAAAGGCAAAGUUCAAAAGUAGCUCAUUCGCAACAAAUGAAACAAGGAAGCAAUGGAAUUGUGGCAAAGAAAUAA